AUGGAAUUGAUCAGAGUUAUGGUUAAAGCAAGAUACAAAGACACACAGGCAGUUAUCAAGGGUAUCAAAGAAGCCCUUGCAAAGUUAACUGGCACCUCCCCUGUACCUAUCUUUGAAAAAGAUGAUGAAGAUGAUGCCAAAAAGGGGGAGAAGGAUUCUAUGAAAAACUUUGGCAAACCAACACCAAAGACUAAGCCAAAACAGAAGCCAGAAUCUGCCAAAGACACUUCUGCUAAAUCUUCUGAACAAUCUGAAGUUGGAAAGAAAAAGGGAGUCGAUGAAACCCUAAACAUCCAAACAGAUGAAGAGAUUACUGAAAAGCAGAAGAGGAAAGACACAAAAGAAAGCAAAGCAAAUGUUUUAAAGAAGGAACUGGAGGAUAAGAGGAAAAGAGAAAACAAAAUUCAAAACAUCGGCACUUCAAAUAGAAGAAAAUCAUUCAGAAACAACAGACCUCCAAUUGCCACUUACCCUAAAACCACUGUUGGUUCUAAAAAGCCAAACACUACUGCAUCCAAACCUAAACCUUCACCCCGAAAACCAUCACCACAAAAACCACCUCACAAGAAGCAGAAAACAGCUUCAUCAUCACCACCACCAUCUUCCAUAGCAACAGAUGUUGAUGCAUCAAAAACAUCAUCAAAUGUUAAUACAACAGCUGUUGAGACACCAGUGGUUUCAACAGUUGUUAGUCAAUCCACUGAUACCACUCACUUUGAUCCUCCACCAUCAACAAAACCACCAACACCUCAAAGAUCCCCCUCUCAAUCAACCUUUUCACCCAAACUACCAUCUCCUUCAAAAACUCCUCCUCCUCCAGAGUUUGCUUAUGCUGUGCUUGAUGAUGAAAAAGAAAUACCUUCACCAAUUCCUUUAUCAUCUAUUCCUGCCUCAUCAUUCAUUCCACCUUCAUCACCAAAAGCCAACCCAAUCAAAUAA